GGUCCUCCAGGGUAGGACCUGUGGGGGCGUGGCGCACUGCCCUCUGGGCCGGGGCGGGCCGGGACGCGCCGGGGAGGGGCGCUACUCUCCGGCGUAGUCUAUGCUCCUGUUCCGCCCCUGUCCUCCCGGGAGACUUGGGAAUGUGGAUCCCGGACUCCGGGGACCGCAGUUGAACCAGGUUCUGCAGUCCUAUACCACUUGCUGAGGAGCUGGAUCUCGCGGACGCGUCCGAGAGCAGUGACCACAGGUAAGCUCUGGAAUGUGCUCAGCAUGAUGGAUAACAAGGAUUUAGAAGCUGAAAUACACCCCUUGAAGAAUGAGGACAAAAAAUCACAGGAAAACCUAGGAAACCUACUGAAAAACGAGGACAACUUGAAGAGCAAGCCUGUACCUUCCCGCUUGUCCCGGUGCCGCACGGUGGCAUUUUUUCUUUCCCUGUUCAUCUGCCUCUUUGUGGUGUUUGUCCUUUCUUUCAUCAUCCCAUGUCCAGACCGACCUUCCUCUCAGGGCACAUGGAGGCUUGACUACAAUGAUACUGUCACGUAUGACUUUCUGGCUUUGGGAGACGUAAACAGGGACAAGAUUCAAGAUGUUCUUUUCCUUUAUAAAAAUACCAACAGCAGUAAUAAUCUCACCAGAUCCUGUGCUGAUGAAGGCUUUUCCACUCCCUGUGCCUUUGUGGCUGCUGUGUCAGGGGCCAAUGGCAGUGUGCUCUGGGAGAGGCCCGUAGCCCCAGAUGUCGCCCUUGUAAAGUGUGCCAUGCCACAGACACCAGACAGCGAGGUGUCCUCUGCCUGCAUCCUUGUGGGGAGACUUGGUUCUCUCAUGGCAGUCAACUUCUUCACAGGAGAAACCCUGUGGAGCCAUCCCAGCAGCUUUAGUGGGAACGCUUCCAUCCUGAGCCCUCUGCUCCAGGUGCCUGACAUCGAUGGCGAUGGUACUCCAGACCUGCUGAUCCUCGCCCAGGAGGGACAGGAGGUCAGUGGAGCCAUCUAUUCAGGUAGCACUGGGUACCAGAUUGGCCACAGAGGCAACCUUGGUGUGGAUGGAGAUGGUAUCGCCCUCCUUCAUGUGACCAGAACGGGUGCUCAGUAUAUUCUCCUGCCCUGUGCAAAUGCCCUCUGUGGCUUCUCUGUGAAGGCUCUCUAUGAGAGGAUUACUGGGAGAGAUGGCCAUUUUAAGGAAGACCCCUACUGGGAGAACAUACUCAGUCGCUCUGCCCACAGGAGGCUUCUGCACAGCCCUGGAGCAGUUCGCCACCUGAUGAAUGUCCCAGGGAAAGCUGGCCAGGACUUGCUUCUUGUGAGCUCUGAGGCCUGUAUGUUGCUGGACGGACAAGACCUGGUGCCCAGGUGGACCCUCAGUGCAACUCAGGUUCUGAGAAAACCUAUCCUUGGCCACUACAAACCAGACACCUUGGCUGUAGUAAUUGAAAAUGGAACCAGCAUUGAUAGACAGAUCCUACUUCUGGACCUCAGUACUGGGUCUAUGCUGUGGAGCCAGCCCCUCCCAAGCCUGCCUGGGGGCCCACCAUCCACAAGCCUGAUGACUGCAGACCACCGCUCAGCCUUCUUCUUCUGGGGCCUCCAUGACCUUGUGAGCGCUGAUGAGAUGGAUCUGCACGACAUGCAGCACAGCCUGUACAUGUUCCACCCGACCGUGCCCGGCAUCCUACUGGAGCUAGCCAAUGUGUCUGCCAACAUCGUGGCCUUUGAUGCGGUCCUGUUUGAGCCAAGUCGCCACGCUGCCUAUGUGCUCCUGACGGGCCCAGCAAGCUCAGAUGUGCCUGGCCUAGUCUCUGUGACCAAACACAAAGUGCAAGACCUUGUCCCAGGCAGUAGAGUGAUCCACCUGGGCGAAGGCAGCACAGACAAUGACCAGGCUAUCCGGGACCGGUUCUCCCGACUGCGGUACCGGAGUGAGGUGUAGGUGGUGUCUGCUGGAGCACACGGAGAGACUCCAACUGUGAAGACGAAGCCUCUUGGAGAGUUGGUCCGCCCUCGGCCUUCACGCUGACCUCACUGCUUGCCCUGGUGAUUCUGGCCCUCUGGGAGCCGUGGCCUUACCAGUUCUACCCAAGGUUGUUGGGGGGCAGCCUCCUGCCUAUACCAUGUCCUCCCUCAAAGGUCUGGUCAAGUAACACUCCGUGGGCCAGCUCGGGCAAGUCAGCCCAGCAGGAGGCUCAUUUAUCCCUUCCUGCCUCCAUACCCUCGCAUAGGAAAAGCCACCACUGUGUGGUGUGCUGCUCCCAAGGGCCUCUCUGUCCAGCCUGGCUUUUCCCAUGUCUGCACUGUCCCUCAGGGCUCAUGAAGCUCAGGGCUGCAGCUGGAACCUGAGGCUCUGAAGCUGCUUCCCCAAAGCAGAAGGGAGCGUGUCUCCUGGAAAGUGAGCGACACUGAAUCUGACCUGGCAGAAAGAAGCCUGUACUGGGCCUCUGGGUGCACUUAAGGGAUUUACAAACUGCGGGCCGAGUCAGUCAGUCCGUCCCCUCAGUACACUGGAUCUGCUGUCUGCACAAGUCUCUGCACUCUGGCACAGCGAGCACGUCCCUUUCCCUACUCUGGUGCUUACCUGGUGAAGGUCUCACCUUGUGCCUUGUUGCUCCUGAAGCCCAAGGGCAACCAAGCAGCUUUGCCCAGACCAGAUCCCUAGCUCUGUAGCCAAAGCAGCCCCAUAACCCCAGCCGCCAUGGAAACCAACAUAAUAAAUGAUUUGCACUGAUGGAGGAAAACUCCAGUAGCCCAACGCAA